AUGCGCUGUAAGCUUUAAUCGAGGAAGUGGUAGGAGCAGGCAGCUGAAACGACAGAGGAGAGUUUGUUGUUUAUUCCCCGUUUCGUAGUGGACAAAACAUCACGCAGCCUUUUCAAAAUGUCGGAAUUUGAUAGCAACCCGUUUGCCGACCCUGCCAACGACAAUCCUUUUAAUGACCCUUCCGUCACACAAGUGACCAGCUCCGGCGUGGAACCAGUUGACCAGUACAACCCUUUUCCUGCCCAUCCCACAGACAAUCUAGCUAGUCAUACCACUCCAGCCUCCACCACUGCCUACCAGCCUGCUGUGUUACAGCCGUCUACAGAGCCCAGUCCACAGGCAACUGCUGCUGCAGCUCAGGCCAAUCUGCUGAGGCAGCAGGAGGAGCUGGAGAGAAAAGCUGCUGAGCUGGACCGCAGAGAGCAGGAGCUACAGAGCAGAGGCCCGACAGGUAAAGAAAACAACUGGCCUCCACUUCCCAAGAGCUUCCCCAUCAAACCGUGUUUCUAUCAGGACUUCUCAGAGGAAAUCCCACCAGAGUACCAGAGAGUCUGCAAGAUGAUGUAUUAUCUCUGGAUGUUCAACUGUAUGACUCUGUUCCUCAACCUGCUGGCGUGUUUGGCUUACUUCACCACUGAUGCGUCCUAUGGUGUGGAUUUUGGCCUCUCCAUCCUCUGGCUCAUCCUCUUCGCUCCCUGCUCCUUGCUCUGCUGGUACCGGCCCGUCUACAAGGCCUUCAAGACUGACAGCUCCUUCAGCUUCUUCUUUUUCUUCUUUGUGUUUUUCUGCCAAGUGGUAGUCUUCAUCAUCCAGUCUGUAGGAAUCCCCAGGUGGGGGAACAGUGGUUGGAUCGCUGCCUUCACCGUCAUCAGAACAAACAAGGCAGUAGGAGCCAUCAUGAUCAUAGUGGCCAUCCUCUUCACCAUCUGCGCUGUGCUGUCUGUCAUCCUGCUCAAGAUGGUCCACAGCAUGUACCGCCGGACUGGAGCCAGUUUCCAGAAGGCCCAGCAGGAAUUCUCACAGGGCGUCUUCACCAAUAAAACCUUCCAAACAGCUGCAGCUGGUGCAGCAUCCUCCGCUGCCCAGGGAGCCUUCCGGGGAAACAACUAAGGGUAGACUGAGCUAAGCUAAGCUCCAUUUAACAGGUCAAGGUCUAUAUGUUAUCAGGUCUAGAUGAUUAAGUUCAUUGAGGUUGAAGGUUCAUUGAGAACUUGUUGGUUGGCACCAAAGUUGCAUUAAGUUAUUGUGACUCUGGAAACAACUCCUGCAUUUUGGAGCCAGCAGCUGUAAGUUAUAAUCUAUCCUUAUAAUAUAUAGACCUUGAGCUAGGCUACAUUAUUAGCCUCCCUCCUUUCACCCCUACUGUCAAUGUACAUGUAAUUCCCCACAUUUGCUUUUCACAUUCAGCAUGUCUCCUGCAGAGUCGUCUGGCUCUGUUUGGAUAUAAAAAGCAGCCGAGGGGAAAGUCUCACAACAAGUGCAUUCUGGGGUGGAAAGCAUGAAUGAAGUUGACUGAUUGCUAUUUCAUUGUGUCCUGGCUUUGUAUAUUUUGUUUGCACUUUUGGCUCUUCAGUGUGUGUGUGUGUGUGUGUGUGUGUGUGUGUGUGUGUGUGUGUGUGUGUGUGUGUGUGUGUGUGUGUGUGUGUGUGUGUGUGUGUGUGUGUGUGUGUGUGUGUGUGUGUGUGUGUGUGUGUGUGUGUAUAUGCGUGUGUGUGUGUGCGUGCAUGUGUACUGGCAUGCUGAUCACGUGUACUCAUUUGGGUGCAGUACGCUUUUUUUUUUUCUCCACACCAAUGGUGGGUCCUGUAAUAAAUGACAUAAAGUGUUUCUGUUUGGCAUUGAUUGGCAUUUUUUCUGUGUCAAAAGCAUUUCUUCUAAGUUUUAUUUUUUUGGAAAACCAUCUCUUUUUGUGUGGUGCAAAUUUAAGUCUAAUAAGGAAGAAAAGCAACUGUAAUAAAUAAUUUAGUUAAUUGUCUGGCAUUAGAUUUUGCUCUUACUGUAAGUAAUGAAUUAAAUCUGUGGUCAAUUAUUCAAGGAAAGGAAAAACAAUAAGAAUUCUCAGACUAACCCCCACAUCACCUUCAGAUUGUGAUGCUAUGUUUUCAAAACGUUUGCUUUUGACUUUUGUCUGGAACCAAAGUUUUGGUAAGCUCUUUCUGAAUAACCUGUGAUGUCAGAAAAUGGAAAUACUGUAUAUUUUGGUAUUUGGUAUCCAGAUGAUGGGUUCUGCAUAAAGAUCACAUCCACAGAGGAAAUCAAAGGGUUUUGCUUCAGUUUAUUUCAUAAAAAUUUAAGAAUACAGAGAGAAUGCAAUUUCAUUUGACUUUCACUGUCAUCAUUAGAAUAUUUAUGAAACAGCUUUAACUACAUCUUUGAUCACUGCCGUGUUCAAGUGUUAUUUCUAAGUAAACCAAAGCAAUACUGACUGUAAAAAUGGAAAAAAUGAUGUGCUAAUAAAAUAAAUAACCCAAGCAGAUUGACAGCGGUUCAAACAGUAAAUGCAUGUGAAGGAAUGGUUUAUUUUUUUAAGAAGAUUAACUGUAGAAAUGUAAGUGUACUCAGCCAGUGUAAAUCUUGCAGAAUAAUCAGAAAAGAUCUCAGAGUCUCAGAUUUCACGGCUCUCUAAUGAGGUGUGAUGGUCACAGGUAGACAAGAGAAUCCCAGAUUUCCCUGAUGUGUAUCUCAUUUGUAAUUUCUACUAAACUUGCCAUAACACUUACCUUCUAAAGCAUCACCAGUAUGCAGUGAAGGUAUUACAGUUUCAUCUUUUCUCAUUGAUGGGUUAAUUCUCCUUCCUGUACCUCUCUACCACCAAGCUCUAAAUUAUUUGUUUAUGGAUGUAUAUUUUCUAUUUGUGAUUUCUUAUAUUGAAACAUGUAUGUGUGUUUAUCUGAUGUUUUAAAGCAUCAGUUUGGAUGUAACAUGUUAGCAUUCCUAAAGAACAACUGCAAACCAUAAUUUGUGUGAUAUUCUUGCAGGUUAACAGGUUCGAUCUUACAUCCAUUGUAAAACACACAAUUUGUAUUCAUUGACACAUCUCUGUAUGCAUUGUUUUGGGAGAAAGUAAUUCAGAGCCUUUUGUAUUUCAAUAUUGAAUAUAGCGUCUAAUAAAAUGCUUUGCUGUCAUUUAAA